GAAAAUGCUUGGCAGCCGCAAGAUUACCUUCCCGAUCUCUCGCAGGACAAUUGGCAUGACUCCAUCAAGGAAGUCCGUGCCAUGGCCAAGGAAAUUCCGGACGAACUCUUGGUCGUGUUGAUUGGCGAUAUGGUGACGGAAGAAGCUCUCCCAACCUACCAGACGCUCUUGAAUACCUUUGAAGGUUGCGAUGACCCCACCGGCACUAGUGAAUCUCCCUGGGCACGCUGGUCCCGCGGUUGGACUUCGGAAGAAAACCGGCACGGCGAUUUGCUCAACAAAUAUCUCUAUCUGGGCGGCCGUUGCGACAUGCGCAACAUCGAGGUCACCAUCCAGCACUUGAUUACGAACGGAUUCAACCCGCAAGCCCGCAAAGACCCCUACCGCGGAUUCGUGUAUACGUCCUUUCAGGAACGUGCGACCAAAAUCUCGCACGGCAACGUGGGCAAGCUGGCCCGCACGUACGGCGAAAAGAAUCUGAACAAGAUUUGUGCAAAGAUCGCGGGCGACGAAGGUCGCCACGAGAAGGCUUAUCAAAUCUUUUCCGAAGAAAUCUUAAAGCGUGAUCCGGACGGACUCAUUCACGUUUUUGGUGACAUGAUGCGUGGACAGAUUGUCAUGCCUGCGGAACAGAUGACGGAUGGCAAAGAUCCGGAUUUGUACGAUAACUUUUCCAUGGUUGCCCAGAAGACGGGUGUGUAUACAGCCCUCGAUUACGCAGAAAUCAUCGACCAUCUGGUGAAACGGUGGGAUUUGGAGCACCUGGAAGGUCUGUCACCGGCAGCCGAAAAGGAACGGGAGUACCUGUGCCGAUUGCCGGAACGCUAUCGCAAAUUGGCGACCCGAUCGAUGAACAAAAAGAAGAAAGUUACCGAAGACGAGGAUCCACUCAAAUCCUUUGGCUGGAUUUAUGGUCGGAUGGCUUGA